UGGCACGUGUACGUCAUCACAUCGCGUCUUUAACACAAGUCGCAUGCAGCCUAAACUUAACCCGCAUGAGUUUUGUAAACAUUUCACUUUUCCUGGCAAGUUCUAACUGAAAUGGCACCGACAGAUUACAAAAAAAAGGAUAAUAAGUUUGUGGCGAAAGCUGGUAACUGGAAGAAACCACAAAAUACCCUACAUGGUGUCAAGAAGAGGAAAUGGGUCCCCGACAACAAAGUAUUUGAAGGCAGUGUUAAAGAAGGACAAGGGUUUGCUUUAAAAAGAAAGGAAAAAGUCAAACAUGAGUACAACAAACUGCUGCGUAAGGAGAAAAGGAGGACCCCUGCGUCCAAAGCUCUCUACAAAGAGGAGUACCCCGAACACCUCCGGCAUCUAUACGUGGCCGAGGCAGAGAAACUGAGGAACGAGGCCUGGGCCCAUCGCCUUAACAGGACCAAGCAGAGACUGUUAGGGCAGGAGAAAAGAGAAGAGACAGCUGAACAUGAUGCUCCUGCUGAAGCCGAAGCUGCUGAACCAGUUCCAGAAGAUGCUGGUGGAUCUGAGCAGACAGAUGCUGGACCUGUGAACUCUGAACCAGCAGCAUCCUCGGAGAAAGACGGUCUUCCAAUGAGCAACCGCAUGAGGAAGAAAAUGCAGAAAAAGACGUCCUACGAGAAGACAAAAGAGGAAUUUGAGACGGUAGAAGAAAAACGGAAAAAGAAGAAAGAGGAGUUCCUGACAGACAAGCAGCAGAGAGACGAAGCCAUCAAGAAGUACAAACAGAAAAAGGAGGAGACUUUUCAGAUACUCAGCAAAAAGACCAAAAAAGGACAGCCCAAUCUGAACUUACAAAUGGAGUAUUUGCUUCAAAAGAUCACUCAAGGAGCUGGGAAAUGAGUCAAGAGAUCUCAACGAAGAAUAUAUGGGACCCUGCCUGUAUUUGAUUGCGCGAUUUAAAAAAAAAAAAAAAAAAAAAAAAAAACAGAAUAUCCGAGGACGACCAGGAUUGAACUUUUCACACAAAAAUAUCUCUUUUCAGUGCUGAUUUAUGUUUAGAGUGGUGAUCUGUUCUUUUUUCAGUAUUUUGCCCCAGGAAUUAAACUGUUCAUUUUUAAUAUCAGACCACAAGGUGGCAUUGUAAAACAUGAGGAGAAGGGAAAAUGUGCUUAUGUAAGAUAUUAUUACACAAUAAAUGUUUUAUCUUUCUGUAA